CUCCCUGCCGUCGCGCUCCGUGCUGUCCGUGUGCUUCCCCGGCUGCGUGCUGACGAGCGGCGAGGCCGAGCAGCAGCGCAAGUCCAAGGAGAUCGACAAAUGCCUGUCCCGGGAGAAGACCGACGUGAAGCGGCUGGGGGAGGCUGCUGGGCGCGGGCGAGAGCGGCAAGUCCACCUUCCUGAAGCAGAUGCGGAUCAUCCACGGGCAGGACUUCGACCAGCGCGCGCGCGAGGAGUUCCGCCCCACCAUCUACAGCAACGUGAUCAAAGGUAUGAGGGUGCUGGUGGAUGCCAGAGAGAAGCUUCAUAUUCCUUGGGGAGACAACUCAAAUCAACUCAAUGGAGACAAGAUGAUGGCGUUUGACACUCGGUCCCCCAUGGCAGCCCAGGGAAUGGUGGAAACUCGGGUUUUUUUGCAGUACCUCCCUGCUAUAAGAGCAUUAUGGGCAGACAGUGGCAUACAGAAUGCCUAUGACCGACGCCGAGAAUUUCAACUGGGUGAAUCUGUCAAAUAUUUUCUGGAUAACUUGGAUAAACUUGGAGAACCAGAUUACAUUCCAUCCCAGCAGGAUAUUCUUCUUGCCAGAAGACCCACUAAAGGCAUCCAUGAGUAUGACUUUGAAAUUAAAAAUGUUCCUUUCAAAAUGGUUGAUGUAGGUGGUCAAAGGUCAGAAAGGAAACGUUGGUUCGAAUGCUUCGACAGUGUGACAUCGAUACUUUUCCUUGUUUCUUCAAGUGAAUUUGACCAGGUUCUUAUGGAAGACCGACUGACCAAUCGCCUUACAGAAUCUCUGAACAUUUUUGAAACAAUCGUCAAUAACCGGGUUUUCAGCAAUGUCUCCAUAAUUCUCUUCUUAAACAAGACAGACUUGCUGGAGGAGAAAGUGCAAAUUGUGAGCAUAAAAGACUACUUCCUAGAAUUUGAAGGGGAUCCCCACUGCUUAAGAGACGUCCAAAAAUUCCUGGUGGAAUGUUUCCGGAACAAACGCCGGGACCAGCAGCAGAAGCCCUUGUACCACCACUUCACCACGGCGAUCAACACGGAGAACAUCCGCCUCGUUUUCCGCGACGUGAAGGAUACUAUUCUUCAUGACAACCUCAAGCAGCUUAUGCUACAGUGAUGUACAGAGACCUGCUAUUUUAAUAUCUUUUUGUGUUUUUGACUGUUUUCUGUUUGUUUCGUUUUUUUUUUUUUUUUUAAUAGCAGUUUACAACAGGAAUUAGAAACAUCUUGAUUCUUUAACUUCUUGGAAAUCUUAGUACUCCUCUGCGGCCUUGUUUGUGGCUGAAAGCUGCUGAAUAACACAUCGCCAAUAUCUGCUGAAAUUCAGGCUUUGAUUUAUUUCACUGUGGCUUCCAUUCCAGUCCACUUAGAACUUCCCAGCUGACCUCAGACUAGGUAUCUUUCAGGCUUUAAGUCCUUCCACUUUUCAGACUGAAUUCUCCUGUAGUGCCAAGUGUAGACAGUGUCCUUAAAUACUUGCAGGUAUGGAUUAAGAGCACUCAGUCUACGUAGCGGUGCCACUUGUUGCCUGGCUUCGUGGUGACCUGCUGUUUGGAAAGGGCUGUUGGAAGGACACCGGGUUCAUCUGAGGAAUGGCAUUCUGCAGAUGGACACGGGUUUCGUCUUCCUGUUUUCUAGUAGCUUACAUGCACAACAGUUGUUUUCUUGUCCAUGUCUGGUUCCUGAAGGUAAUGUUCUUAGUGUUUUAAAGUUUACAUAAGGAUUUCUGGUCUGAUGCUAACACAGAGUUCACAGAUGGUACCAGGGAGCAAAGGGCAAGCAGAUGCCACAGAUACAGUGUCUGGUCACAAGUUUCGAGCGAAAUACAGCUUGCCUUUUCAUAUUUAAUGGUCAUGUAAUUUAACAUGCCAUAUAUAAACGUUCCGGCCAUAGCCGCAACUCAGAACUGUAAGUAGCUUGGCAAGAGAACUUCUCUAAUACACGUACCUAUUCCAGGGUGCUGUGUGUUUCACCUUUGAACCCUGUCCCACUGGGUUCCGGUCCUUGCUGCAGGAAAUCAGUUACACCAUCAUAGACCUCCUUUUUUCUUUGCUCUCCUGUCCAUUCCCAUCGACUCCAAACUAGCAUUUAAUGGGGUUUUUGUGUUUGGAGCUUGCCAAGGGCAGUAGGUUGCUGUCAAAAUUCUCAAGAGGCAUUAUUUGAGGUUCCUGUUCAUUCUUGGUCUGUCUCUGAAAGAUGCAGUUUAGAAUGUGUAUGUUUGUGUAAUUGUUUAUGAAAUGCCAGCUUUAUUGAGGUACAUUUUAAGUGUUUCAAGGAUACUUCUAAGGAUAAGUAGUGGCUUUUUUAGUUCCCACCUCAAGAUGAUUACAUUUGACCUCCCGUACUGCUUUCCAAACUAAAACCUGCCAGUGAAGUAGCUUGGUGACCCCAGACACAUUCAUAGUGAGCCCAUCGGAGUGGCUGGUUUGCAGUACUAAUAAAUUCUACCCUCGAGGUUCUAGGCAGUAUCAAAAUUGGACUAGAGAAACAGAACUGUGAGGCUGGUGACAGUUGGAAAAGCCUGACAGCUUUUCUGCUUUUUCUGAAAAUCGUGAAUAAGACUGUGAUAUCUGUCACUUUACUGUAUAGCAGACUGUGUUCUCAGGUGUUUGGUCCAUGAACGAUGGCCAGCCUUCCGGAGCACCCUGCCUUCCCAGGCAGUGGCACUUGUUCCGUCUUGCUGUCUGGUGUAAGAGCAAGGCUUGUCGGUGAGCUAACCAGGGAUUGUUCUGGACAUACCUGAAUUCUCUUGCACUUGAAGUUCCACUAGCAGAUCCAUGUAACUUCCAGCGAUUUCCUGCCCUGGUCAUACGUGAGCUACAGACACGAAACCCAGCAUCAUAAUGCAGGCGUUCACAGUGUAAAUCAUGCAUGUUUGAAUAGUUCUACAUCUAGUGUUUCUUGCCAAAAAUAAUCUACUGUGUAAAUUCCCAGUGUAGCAUAAUCUCAGUGCUAACGAACAUCAGACUGUAUUGUAUGCAGUAGCAGUUGGACUGUGGUGGAGAGUCUGCAGAUUUAGUAAAUAGUUUUUGAUUGAAUGGCCAAAAUGUUUUAAUUCUAUUGAAGGCUAAAGUCAACUCCUUACAGAAAGAGGUCAUCUUUGUCUUAUUUUAGUAAUAUUUAAGAUCUUUGUAUGAACCACAAAUACAUUGCCUGACAAAGCAGAAAUCACCAAGUGUCCCCAGGUGACUGUCUACAAGAACUGCUAAAAUACCAAACAGAUCUUGUAGUGUGUGGGGGGAUUUGCCUCUUUUUUUCUCUGAUACUUGUGAUGUCUCAGAAUCAACAUUUUUUUUUAAAUAAAAAAGAAUAAUAAAAUAUAGAAUAUAUUUUGAGAGAGCAAAUCAAUCUAGACAGGCCGUAUUAGGUUCAAUCCGAAGGCUUUUGCCCACGUUUUUAAAAACACGCUGUUUUAAAACCAUUUGAAGGAGCCUUAAACUUGCAUCAUGAAAACCAGAUUCUUUUGAAAUACCACUAUAUGAAGAGGGAUUUGAAAUUUAGUGAACAGAAUCAAAAAGGUGCUCAUAAUUUUUACUAUGCCAACUUGCCCCUGAUCUCUAAAAACAUAACUUGUUGUACUUUGGUAUUUUCCAUUUUUUUAAUCUUCGUGGUUAUGAUUUGUAAUAAAGUGUGCCUAAUUCUGUGCUACUAUGUGUUCUUAAAUCUGAAUGCCUUCCCACUUAAUUCUGAAGAAAUAUCACACAAGUGUCUUAGUUGACCUUGAAGAAAUUUUUAACAUACGGAGUUGCCUUAUAAGUCAAAGAACACCACCAAUUUAGACCUUAACUUUGUAUAGGGAAAGGGCUUUGUCAGAUGUUUUCUAAAUUAUUCAAAGCAAGCCUCUGCCAUUUAUGUUAUUUUUAAUAACUUCAGUUGUUGCUUUCUGCCAAAUAGUGCAUUAAAUUGGAUUUUUUGUUUCAGUUUUAUUAUCUGGAAAGGGCACUCAAUAGCUAGAGUGCAACUGUAACCAAAGAAGGCAGUGUGGAAUGAAAAAGGUCAUUUUUGAUUGGUUUUCUCCUAAAUUGCAUUGGCAUGUAGUUCACAUAAAGAAGGUCUUCGGUUACUCACUCUGGGGCUGUUUAGGGAAAUCGGUCGCUUGUGGCAGUGGUUGGUUUAAAGUAGAAGGAAAUAAGAUCACCUUGAUAAUAAAAGAAACGAUGGAUGUAUUGAUUUGGACUCAACAGAAAUCUCAUGCCCUACAAUUUUUUUAAUAAGAAGGAGGGGGUAAAACUUUCCAUGUAUACCUGAAUUCAUGUAUUUAUGUUUUUGAUAAAAUGUAUUUGCAGCAUUAGUUCACAUAUCCGGUUAUGCCUUAUUUAUAUAAACAAUAAAGUUACCAAGUUAUGCUGUUAUGUUCUGAAAGUCAAAUCACUAUUUGGGAAACCCUCAAAUUGGUGCUUUCAUUCUGUAAUGAUACAUUUAAACCAAGCCCCAAACCCAACCAUUUGAAACGUGAUUCUCUCCAUUGCAAUUUGUAGCCAUGUUAUUUCUGUAUAUGUAACAAGAAGGCUAAAUAUCAGUGUUAACUCUUAAUAUUUUGUUUGAAUCCAUGGAAUCAUGCCUGUAAAGCCCAGUCAAGCAUUUGUAACAAACUCCCUAAUAAACCUAGACAAAGUCA